UUUCGACUUAAAUUGCGGUAAAGUCUUCCUAAACAAAGAUGUUUAUGUUCCUAUCGCUUUUUGACUUUUGGGAAGCAUGAUAACUACUGUUAAAUUUCUCCAUCAUUACAUGUGUCCAGGAGAAUCUCCAGUGGUGUGUAAAUGUAUAAAUUGAGUACUCUUGCUUUUAUCAGCAGCAGCAUACUAAGAAGCAUAGUCUCUAAGGAAAACUUGUUUCUUUGAAAAUGGCAGGCACUUUCCUACGCUUACUAGUACUUUUCUUGGGGAUUUCUAACCUUAUUUGCUUGAAUGCUAUCCCGAUUACAAGAAUUGGAAGACUAACUCAUGGACCUCAAGUUCUUACAGUUUCAGAGACUACUCACAUGGUAGCUAAGGAUAAAAAUUUGGAGGAACAUGAGAAUCUUGAAGAAAGGAUAGCUGCAGAGCUAAAUGAUUACCCUGGAUCCGGUGCGAAUCACCGCCAUACUCCAUGGCCACCGCAGCUGAGAUGUGCUGAUUGCUAAGUUAUAUAUAUAUAUAUAUAUAUAUAUAUAUAUAUAUUUACUCUAGAAUUAUAUAUAAGAUUUAUGCACUUCAGACUUCUCGUUAGUGUAGUAUGGGCAUGCAAUCAUAGGCAAGUAUCUUACAAGAUACUUAGGACGUUCUUUAUUUAUUUGUAUCAUCAACUUUUACUAAAGAUGGGAAGAUAUAUAUAUGUAUGUAAAAUCUUGAGCGAGUGAGCUACUAGGGUGGUUACGGUUCCUGUUAUAUUAUAUAUAAGCUAGUUCUUGAUAAUUAGCUAUAUGUAAUUAAGAACCUUAUAUAUUAAUCUAUAUAUAAGUAAUGAGAAUUUAUUAAUUAA